GUGCAUUCAGCAAAUAUAACUCGACGAGCAGAGACGUGUCAGUCACUCACCCAGGGGGAGCCCAGUCUCGCCACCGCCACUGGGGCACAAGCCAUGGACAUUGAGAAGGUCAACUCCAUGGACUUUGGAGAAUUUGUGGAUGUGUUCGGAAAUGUCAUCGAGAGAUGUCCUCUGAUUGCAGCCGCGGUUUGGUCCAAGCGCCCGUUCUCUGGCUUGGGAGAUUUAGAGAAGCACUUUUUUGCCUUUAUUGAUGGUCUUCCACUGUCAGGCCAGGAGGGCGUCCUGCGCUGCCACCCGGAGCUGGCGGGCCGCCAGCUGCCGUGGGGCCGGCUCACCGCCGAGUCGCAGCGGGAGCAGAGCGCCGCGGGCCUGCAGAACCUGGGCGCGGCCGAGCGGCUCCGGUUCACCGAGCUCACCGCGCAGUACCGCACGCGCUUCGGCUUCCCCUUCGUGCUCGCCGUGCGCCUCAGCGACCCAGCGGCAGCACCCCGCGAGCUGGCGCGCCGGCUGCGCUGCCCCCCGGCGCAGGAGCUGCGCACCGCCUUGGGCGAGGUGAAGAAGAUCUGCCACCUGCGUCUCGCCGACCUGCUCGGGGAACAGCCCUAGCGGCCGCGCCAGCAGAGGACCCCGGGACGCACGUCGGGACGCGCCAGGGCCGCGGGCGCGCGCGAUGCGCUUGGAAUGGAGUCCACCCCCGCGCACGGAGGCCGAGGCGAAUCGAGACAGUCGCACGAAUAACGAGCCCUUCUGUCCCCCUCCCCACACGCGCACCCUUUGCCAAAAUAUCUGUUGAUAGUUUCGGGUUUUGCCACCGAUGUAUCCAGCUCACUGCUCCAAUUCUUCACUCCCGUUGCGGCCCGUUGACACCACCUGCCUAUGCGGAUUCCAAAGCGCUUAUCCAGCUCGUUUUGGCCCCGCACCCUCUCCUGCUAUACCCCCAGCCGCAAAACAAAACGGACAAAAAAGGAAUCUUAUUCUCCA